GCCGCCGCUUCGUGCAAUGCGGCGCGCCGGCCCCAGCAGCCUGUGGCGCUCCGCCCCUUCCUGUCGGCUUCUCCUAGCGACGAAUGGACACCCACCUGGGAAUGCAGAUGUGCAUCAGGAAAGGCUGGCGCGUUCAGAAAAGGACACAGAAUCCCUUGUUCUUCAGAUAAGAGUGUUAACAGACCAGCUGGAGGCUCAGGGAGAGAAGAUUAAAGAUUUGGAGUUUUCUCUCCAAGAGCACAAACAAAAGUUGAAUGCAACAGAAAAAAUGCUGCUGCCGGUUUGUGCAGAAGCCAGCACCAAGGGGCUAAUCCAGGAGAUCAAUUAUUUGAGAUUAAAAGUCAGUGAAAUGGACAGUGAAAGAACUGACUUUGAAAAAAAAGCUUAAAUCAAUCAAAGUAAGUUUUCUCACUGGUUAAAAGUUUUCAACAAACGGUUCUACUACUCAUCCAUAACCAGUAAUAUAAGUAAUGUAUGUUUUCUACUUAGUAUAUGAGAAAGAAGGUAUUUUGUAAGUGAAUUAAGUUAUCCUUGAAGCUGAGAAGCUUCUUUAAUUUAAACACUGCUUGUUUUGCAUAAAAACCAAGGCUUAAAUAAUGUGACAGACCAUAACCUCCCAUUUCUAUGAGUGAUAUCUAACCUCUUUUCUAAACUGAUGCUACUUUCUUGAUCAUUUAGCUUAUCUUUGUCUAUUAACAUCUAUAGCUUUGUUUCACUCCUCUGUCUCUCUACCAGUCUUGAAGGGCCAAACUUUCCAGCAUGAAAAGCAAGGUGGAUUAGCAGAUGGAACAAAAAUGGGAGUCACUGAUGGGGCAGAAGACUUGGGUCAUGGUACCCACAGCCUGUUGCUUUCUGGCUUGUGUCAUUUUGCUGCCAUGGUGGUUACAGUGGUGUGUGCAUCACCUGAUUAUGAAAAAUACAUUUCAAGCUGAUUAAAGGGAUGGUGUGAUCCCUAAUAUUGUUUUCAGAAAGAUAGGAAAUAGUGAAAACUAAUAAGCAGGUAAAUAAAAGUAUUAAUUUAUAAAUUAAAUCUAAUAGUCUUAGACUAUCUGAGACCCAACCACGGUAAAAUAAUUUUACCAUAGGUGAGGUAGAGGCUCACCUAUGAAAGAAUUCCUUUACAUAUCAACAGCAGAGACAGCUUUCCUCCUUAGCAACUUACUGGAAGGUAAACAUACAGCACUUGACUAUACCAUGGCAGUGAAUGAAAAUUACUGCUUAGAAACAGUACCGUGAGAACAGGGCAGUACUUCUUGCUAGAGCUAUUGAAAAUUUCUCAUACUUGGUGUCCGCUCCUACUGUAAGUUAGCAUAGCUUUUUUGGAGAGCUAUGUUUUCACAUGCAUUUUGUGUAAUAAAUAUCUUUAGAAACCUCUGUAAAUGGGUUAUCAAAUAUAAAAGUAUACUUAUUAGCAUUGCAUAGCUCUAUUUUCUAUGUUAAAUGUAGCCAACAAAAGUCAAAUUUGCUACAGCUAAUUCUUUACUAAAGUAAAACUGAAAUUAAAACAUUAAUAAAUAGAUCAAUGGACUUGGAAUCUUUUGUAGUUGCAUAGUUAAAAAAUAAAAAGAGGGCUUAAAAAUGUGUUUCCUAAAUAUAUUUUUCCCAUUGUUUUUAGGAGAUUGUGUUCUUUCAUCUUAGUGAUGAAGAUGAAUUAUUUCAUUCUGAGAUUUGGCUAAAGUUGGUCAUGACUUGCUACCAUACCCACUACAUAAGCUCUCUGCUUCUCCAAGGAGCAUGAAUGCUAUCUUGAAACGCUGAGUAAAUCUCAAGCAAGUCUUUUCCAAUUUGGAUUUUAUUUUGCUUUUAUGAUACUGAAUAUCAAAUUUGAUUAUCUUCCUUGAUUAACUUGUGUACAUAUUGUUUUUUAGUAUUUAACAUAAGAUUUAAUCUUUAGGUCUUUCUUGGCCUUAAUUAUACUGUAAAAGAUUUUAUACUGUAAAAGAUUUAUUUUUAAUUUGAUCACAAAGAAACUUAAAAUAAUUAUAGCAUAACUAUUAUUAAUUGGACUUCUAUUAAUUGUCUUGCUUCCUGCUUCUCAUUGCCCCUGAUUUCUGAUGUUUGUGUCUAAAUUCUUGUAGACUGUUGCUUCAUCUGUAAAAUCUAAUUAUUGAUUUAAAGAGCUCAGAUGCUCUUUGAAUAUUCUCUUUUAGUCAUAAUCUACUAUUUUAAAAUGAAU